AUGGCCCCGACAGACGUGGAAAAAGUAUUACAGCUGAAACUUCAGCUUAAAGAAAGCACCGAAGGGCACACGCUGCUGAAAACCUUGAAGAAGCUUCAACAACUGGACGUAACACUUGAUAUUCUUGCUGAGACUGGAAUUGGUAAAGUGGUGAACUCCUUUCGCAAACACAGUGACGCGGGGGAAGUGGCCAAGACGUUAGUUCACCGAUGGAAAAAGCUGGUUCCGAGAGAUUCUCCAAGUGUUACUCAGCCUCAGCCUCCUCCUCUGAAAGAGCCGUCUAAGUCUGAAGUUCAAGAAAGCGAUCGGACUCCAGAGAACACAAACGACUCUGAAAGGAAGCCCAAAAAUGAAAACUCUGGCUCUGAAUGCAAACCAUCGAAGAAUUCUGAUAGUAAAAGUAAAGUGAAACGAGCUGUGGACAAAUCAAAAGCUGGCAAAGAUGGUGAAAAGAAAGACUCUGACUCGGAGCACGUGUCACCAACCCCAAAAAAAUCCUCCCAGCCCAAAGAGAAAUCAAGCGGCGACGGCCAUGCAGAGCAAAAAGAUGAGCAAAAAAAACCUGAGAAAAAAGUUUCUGACAUAACAAACAAGCAUAGAACCAAAACUCCCACCAAGACGAGCUCUUCGAAGCGAGAUGGCAAAAAGAAGAGAGACCUCAUUAAAAAGGAGGACAGUGGGGAGAAGAGAAGUAAGCCAAGGGCAGCUCAUACUGAGAAGGACCUUCAGAGCGAUGACUUCGAAACGCCCUCUAUGUCUUUUGAGGCUUACCUGAGCUACGACCUGGAGGCUCCCAAACGGAAGAGGAAGUCAUGUGACGAUAAGACCCAGAAACGUUUGAAGACGGACCUGAAGGAGGACGCCAAGGUGUGUGUCCCCAGCAUCAAGUCAAGCAAGGCUGUAAAAGAGGAAUCGGAUACAACGGUUUCAAAAGGAUCUGUGUUGGACUUGCUCAAGAUUCCACUCCCCCCAAUUUCCCCCGAGUGUGAGGAUCUUUCUCAGUAUCAGUAUUUUGCAAAGAGGAAAGUGGAAGACAAGCCUGCAGAUGUUUCUGAGGAAGCUCCGGUGUUUACCGGCCAGCGGCUGAACAGGAAGAUGCAGGUGUACUCUGGGAGUAAGGUUGUGUAUCUUCCCACCAUGAUGACCUUGUACCAGCAGUGCAUCCGGACGCUGCAAAACAACAUUGACUCGCUCUAUGAGAUCGGGGGAGUGCCGUUUGAGAUUUUGGAGCCGGUGCUGGAGCGCUGUACACCCGAGCAGCUUCUGCGGAUCGAGGAGUGCAACCCUGUAUACAUAGGUGUGACGGAUCACCUGUGGGAAAGGCACUGCCAGAGGGAUUUCAGGAAUGCCCAGCUGGAGGAGUACGAGUCCUGGAGAGAGCUGUACCUUAGGCUGUUUGAGGAACGAGAGCGCAAACUCCAGCGGCUCACCAAAAGCAUUGUUUUGGCUCACUCUGGGAAGCCCAAAGGAAGACAGGUGAAGAUGGCAUUUAUUCAUUCAGCUGCCAAGCCGCCUAGAAACGUACGCAUCCAGCAGGAACUCCACGGUACUGCCAGCGCCGGGCUCCCGCACCCCGCAGACAAACCCAGUGGGAAGAGUCAUGAUAGUAGAGGAAGACCCUGCUUCAGUGAGCCCACCAGCUCAGGAUCCAGCCAGUGUCCAGACCCACGGAGGAUCAGAAGAGUGGCGCCAAUGAUGGCAAAGUCUUUGAAAGCCUUUAAGAAGCAGCUUGGACGCAGAUGAAUGUUGAAGAUGAGUGUAUAGAUUACAAAUGUCCUUAUUACACCCCUGUAAACCAUUUAAGGUACCUUCAUUUUUUUUCUCCAUAAUUGGCAACAUUGAGCAUCCAUUUUUGACCAACUCUUGUAUUUACUGCAUGGAAAUAAUACAAGAAUGCACUUUUGAAUCACAUUACUGAUUGUGUUGUGAUGAAAUGCACUGGAUUAAUAAAUGAAAGUCAAUGAAAAAAAACUGAUUUUGUUUUUCAUUAAAUUGUUUGAAAGCAAACCU